CGCCCACUACAACAAGCGAUCGACGAUCUCCUCUCGCGAAAUCCAGACUGCCGUCCGUCUGAUCCUCCCUGGAGAACUCGCCAAGCACGCCGUAUCCGAGGGAACCAAGGCCGUCACCAAGUACACCUCCAGCAAGUAAAUCACUUGCAGCUGGUGCCAAACCAAUUCUAACC